UGCACCUGAACCCCAAGGUGCCGGGCUCAGCCUGCGGCCUGAGACCCAUAUGUUACCCCUUCUCCCCACAUCCACGCCCCGGGAGCCCCGAGGGCUCUGGGAUGAGGAGCAGAGCGCGGGAGUACCACCUCGCUCCUUGCUCACCGCGGAGGUUGCGGCCCCUCGUAACCUAGCGAGUGUCUCGGGCCCUGGCCUGCCUUGGGCACCGCCACAUCGGGUCUAACAUGGCCGCUUGUACCGGCACCUCCCCCGUGUGCAGAGCGCCGGCCGAGGUCCUGGGCCAGGAUCUGCUCCCGGCAUUCCUCGCGGGCGUGGCGUGGCCUCCCUUCUCUCUUCUCCAGGUCCCGCGAGAGAGAGACCCUGGCGCUUUCAGGGAGCCUUUUGGAUUGAGGACAUCAUUAGCAGUGGAAGGGGUUUAACCCCAGACCUAUACCUGUUGCUGAGCCUUAAAACAUCAGAGAAGGCCAUCCAUCACAGAGGUAACAUGGCCUUGGGCCUGAUUGAAGUGGAACGAAAGUUCCUUCCGGGGCCCGGCAUAGAGGAGCGGCUGCAGGAGUUGGGAGGUAUCCUGGAGCACCGAAUCACCUUCCGAGACAGCUACUAUGAUACCCCUGAGCUGAGCCUCAUGCGGUCUGACCACUGGCUACGACAGCGAGAGGGUAGUGGAUGGCAGCUCAAAUAUGCUGGGGCAGCAAGUGUCUCAGAACCCUGCACUAAGUACACGGAGCUCACAGCUGAGUCUGCAAUUGUGGCCCAGCUCUGUGAGGUGCUGAGGGCUGAGGUCCCCAGGGCUGGGGGUGUGGCUGCUGUGCUGGACCAUCUGGGGCUGCAGGAAAUAGCAAGUUUUGUGACCCAGCGCAGUGGCUGGAAACUGGUGCCGUCUGGAGCUGAUGAAGAGGAGCCACCCCUCAGAGUGGACCUGGAUACAGCUGACUUUGGCUACGCUGUGGGUGAGGUAGAGGCCCUGGUGCGUGAGGAGGCUGAAGUCCCAGCUGCCCUAGAAAAGAUCCACAGCGUCAGCAGCAUGCUUGGUGUGCUGGUGCAUGAGGAGGCACCUGCCAAGCUAAUCGUGUACCUACAGUGCUUCCGGCCUCAAGACUAUCAGCGCCUGCUAGAAGUGUACAGCUCCAAAAGGAAGCCAGAGGGGACUGAAGAUCUGGACGUGAGACUGGGCUAGGGUGUCCCCUCCUCUGUGGGGAAGAGCAUCCUGGGUCUCCUGAGAUUCAUUCUUGGCCUUGCCGUGCCUCUUCCUCCCUGGCCUCCCUUUGGAGAGAGUGACCCUCUCGGUUCUGCCUGUUCCUUCACCCUACCCUCAGCCAUCCUUCCUGGUGCCCUCCUUGGUUGCAUCCUCUCCCUCAUCCGUCAGAUACAAUCUGCGGGCCGCCCCUCUCCCCUGGCCGCUAAGCAGCCUCCAUUGAUUUCCGCUCGUGUUUAUAGGAUUUCCACUUAGCCGUGAUCAGUAGUUAAGCACAGGAAAAUCCCUUGCCACCCCCCUCCCUUGGUCGAUGCCAUUGAUUCUGCCAGCGGCUCCUAAACCGCCUUACAGCUGAGUUAGAGAUGAGGGGAGGCAGCAGGGAUUUCCCUGCCCUGGGGUAUGGGGAAUAGCAGCAGGUUGGGCAAAUAGGCAGGAAUCCCUGUUAGGAAUCGAGAAAUUCCGGUUUGCUGUUGCCACUGUGUCCUGUUCUGGCCCAGAGGGCAGCGUGCCUCCUGUGGAAGUUUAGGGGCACAUCUGCUCCCCAGCCCUGGAGAGGGGUAGAAAGAAAACCCUCCUUUGUUGCAACCAGUUCCAAAGGCUCAGGGCAAGAUACCUACUUCCCAUGUAAGAAAACUUCUCCCUGGGUGUUAAACACAUAUGUUUUCUACCUCAAAUAUGGCUUUCCCUCCUCAGGCUUUAUUAUUUGUGGGGUUGAGGGGGCGCCCCCAACAGGUUCCGCAGUGGCAAGCACAGGACCAGAGCGCCACCUGCUGGUAGCGCUCAGAUGUGCCUCCAGGUAGCUGGGGCCCCUGUGGUUUGGAUUCUUAGGAAGACUUCAUACUGUGAGUGGAGGCAGAGUUACUGCCAUGUCUCCACAGGCAAGUUGUUCACCUCAAAGAUUUCCUGCACCGACUGGCCAAAGUGGUUGUAGGUGAGGCGCAGCUUCAGCCGCAAGGGGGCCUAGAGAUAAGAGAGCAGAGACCGGGGUUAGCACCUAUGACAGCCCCCUUUCCUGGGUCUUAGCCUUGAGGGGCUCCUGGAGCUCACCUUGUUAGGAUUGAGGAUUCUGAGGAGCUGCGUCAUCGGAAGGCCACCCUGAGCUGGAACUGUGUCCCCACUAGGGGCCUGUAGCUGUAGCUGGAAACUCUGAACACAAAAGGUUGGACAGAUCCCACAGUAAGACAACUGGCUGGGCUCAGGCAACCCCUCCACACCCAGUAGUUUGAACCCUCUUCCCCUAAAUCCCCAAGUGCCUGUCCUGGCAUAUCACUCCCUCCUCAUCUCACUCUCUUCCUGACCCACCUCCUCUACUUAGUGGCUUUUUCUCCUGGAGUACCCAGGCCACAUCUGAAUCCUGGUCUUCUACAAACCUUGGGCACAGCGGCCUGGCAGAUGAAGUGGGUGACGUCACCCGCUGAGGUAUUGGUGGCUGUGACAGUGAUUAACAGCAAAGCAGGGGUUCCAGGGGGUCGAACAAAAGACAGAUUCAGCUGUAGUCCCUCACGCUCAAACACUCUGAGAUUUGGGAUAGGAGCUACGGUAGGGAGAGAAAAGCAGCUCAGUGUAUGAGCUGAAGAUAAUAGUUCAUUCGUUCCACAAAAAUUAAAUGAGCACCCAGUGGGUGCAGGGCACUGCUCGAGACGCUAGCAACAGAGUGGACAAGGAGAUGAGGUUCCUGCUGGAGCUGACAGCCUAGUGGGGGGAGAGGACAAUAAACGAGAUAAUCACA